UACAUGGCCUUUGUACGUCAAAUUUUCUCUUUACUCCAAAAAUAUUUAAGUGAGUAUAUUCUUCCGAAUAAAAACUAAUAUAAUAUUUUGUAAAAAUGAUUGGUUAGAAAAUAUGAGAAUGUGUAAUGGGAUAUAUUAAAAUGUAAUAAAUUUUUUUUACUUGAACAAAAUAUGUUAUAUCGACCCGUACAAUUGUAUCCUUUAGCAUCAAGAAGAUAGAAAUUCAAAUAUGAUAGAUGAAUUAUGACACAUGAUCAGGACAUUAUUAAUAGCUAAGAUAAUCCUCGAAUCAUCAAAGCAGUAGAUGAUCGUUCUUAACAUCCUUAGUGUCGUUAGAACGAUCAUGUGUGAUGUAUGAUCAACUACUAAUACUUUAAAACCCAUUAAAACUAAACAUUUUUCCAGUUCGCUGUUUGCUUGCUUCUUCCAGCUCCUCCUUCUUCGUACCAUCUAUCUUACCCAGUAUGCAUCAAACAACGAUCGACUAUAAGGAUACAAAAAUGAAAAGAAUUACAUGCAAAGUAAAAAAAGAUUAACAAAUUACUCUCAAAUGACGUUAAUUGAGAAAUAUAAAAUUAUGUAAAUUUUGAUAUAUUUCAUGAAUCUCGAAUAUCUCAAUUCUCAAGGACAUGUGGAUGAUCAGUCACGCUAUAAUAUGUGAUUAUUGGCUUAUUGUGUAUCUUUCUAUUAUCUUAGUAGUUUAGAAUUCAGAACUGAUGAAAUAUUUUGUACAACUAAUCGGUUAGAAAAGACUGAGAACAUUAAGGAAUAUACCUGAAAUGUAAUCGUUGCAACUUCACUUCAACAAUAUAUGUUCGAUCUAUUGGCUCAUGUAUUUUGUGUCCUUUAGCACUACAAAGUUAGGAGGUCAAACUUGGUAGACGAAUUAUAGCCACAUAAUCGAAACAUCAUUAAAUAUUCAAGAUAAUCAUCGAGACGGUAGAGUAGAGGAUCGUUGUUAACGCCUCCAGUAGUAUUAUGAUGAUCAUAUGCGAUGUAUGACCAACUAUUAUUAUUUUUAAACAAUUAUAGACCUAUUAAUGCACCGAAUCUUCGGCUGAAACUCGCACAUGUAGCAACAAUCACAAUUCACAAAGACAAAGAAACAAGACAGCAGUACUUAUUAAGCUGUGGUGGCCCUAUAAUAUGAAAACCGGCCUACACCAGAAUUAUGGACAUAUUAUCACCCUCACACAAAGUCACAAGUUAAAUUUGCCCAAGGGCAUCCACGUACUUUCCGCACUGAGCCGAGGUCAACUUCCAGAAGGGCAUCCACGUCCUUUCCACCAACGUAAUUAUUUUUUGGGCGCAUGAUGAUUGAUGAUGGAUGGUGCUGAGGUGUAAUGGUGAAGUUGUGACUGUAACGUGCACAUCGAUCAAUAAUUUCACUUUCCCUUUUCCAUCUCGUCGCCUACUCUCUGUUGCCAUUGCACUCUCUUCCUCCAUGUUUAUAUAAGCCAAUGCCACUCUACCAGAAACCAAGCUGUAAAGCAGAGGAGGAGAAGCAGAAUAAGAAUAUUCUCUCUUCCUUUUUCGUCAUCCUCUGCUUCAUUUUUUAAUAUUAAAAAUGGCGAAAAUUGCUUUGGGAUGUUGCUCGGAGGUGACCAAGCCGGACUGCAUCAAGGCCCUCGUCGUCGAGUUCAUCGUCACCUUCCUCUUCGUUUUCGCCGGGGUCGGCUCCGCGAUGGCCGCCGAUAAGCUAGAGGGAGGGGCGCUGGCGGCGCUGCUGUUCGUGGCGGUGGCGCACACAUUCGUGGUGGCUGUGAUGAUCUCCGCGGGUCACAUCUCCGGCGGUCAUCUCAACCCUGCCGUCACCAUAGGCCUCCUUUUCGGCGGUCACAUCACCGUCGUCCGAUCGGCUUUCUACUGGGUUAUCCAGCUGCUAGCUUCGUCGGCAGCCUGUUUGCUUCUCAAGUAUCUCACCGGAGGAUUGGUGACGCCUGUGCACACACUGGCAAGUGGAGUUGGGUACGGGCAAGGCAUAGUGUGGGAGAUAGUUCUGACCUUCUCCCUACUCUUCACAGUCUACGCCACAAUGGUUGACCCCAAGAAGGGCUCACUCGACGGCUUCGGCCCACUGCUCACUGGGCUCGUAGUUGGAGCCAACAUCUUGGUUGGUGGCCCGUUCUCUGGGGCUUCAAUGAACCCAGCAAGAUCAUUUGGGCCUGCUCUCGUGGCUGGAGUAUGGACCGACCACUGGGUUUACUGGGUUGGGCCUCUCAUCGGCGGUGGGCUUGCUGGCUUUGUCUACGAGAACUUCUUCAUCGUCAGAUCUCACAUCCCCAUUUCCAGCGAAGACCCUAUUUAUUAACUGCGGAGAGAGCAGUACAAGAUUUGAGCGAGGCAGCAGAAAAAAAAUGGUGUCAAGUUCCUGUAGACUAUGAUUAUGUAAGUUGUAGUACGACGUCGUGCAAUCGUGUUGGUUGUGGUGGUAAUUACGUACCUUUGGUUUCGUGUAAUAAUUACCAUGUCAGUAUGUACUCUAGCUCUACCAUUUCAUCACAAGACAAGAGUUUACAUGAAUUCUGGUUCAGUAAGUUUUGGUUAUAGGUUUCACCGUUUCAGAGAAAAGGGAUACAACUUAUAAGAAGCAAUAUUAAUGAGGGCCAAACAUGAGAUUAGAAGACAACUAUUCUACAUCGAGAAACAAAUAUUAGUAGCUGACGUGAAUAUGGGAAGGACGUUCAAUAUAGAAAAAUGAUCGACAUUGUCACUAAAAAAUUAAUUAUUUGUAGAAAAUGUUUGUAUAGAAAGAGGCACUUUCUAGCAUUAGCAUGUUCCAUAAGGCUUUUUCCUAUCAACGUGCAUAUCCUCAACUGGCUUACCGUACUCAAGGGGCAUGACGAUCACAUAUGAACCGCAUCUAAACUCUACCUCUCGUCUCAAGUCACACAAGUAUGAUUGUAUGAGACACUACCCACCACUAAUCACGCAAAUCUUGUUCUUUACGAAAGACAAAACAACCCAAAUGGAUUGUACGUUGACAAUGGGAUUUGUUCUUGUCUCGGAAAUUAAUAAAUGUAGCUAAAUACUGAGUAAUUAUGUUGUUUCGAAAUGAACGAACAAUUUAGUG